AGGCCUCUCGGGGCAUGGGGACAGCGCCUUGUGGGCCCCCAUUAUACAAGUGGAAAGGGACAAACAGGCCCACCUGUACGCGCCUCCCGAAGUGCGCUGCUUCCCCAAAGGUUUUGGGAGCUCCUGGGACAGGAAAUACGGUAAUUCGUCCAGGCAGCGUAGAAACAAAGAGAUAAAUAUGGUAACGCGCACCCACAUUUCCAAGUCCAUUCUUUCAGCACGCAUAAAUUAAAUAUGUAAUAGGUGCGGGGACCUAGUCAUACCAAGGUGAAUAAAACGCCCUCCCCCUCGUAUCUCAAUGAGGGAAGAGAAGAAAAUUUUAAAAUAGAAAUAUCCUCACCACUUCAUCCUCCCAGUACAUGAACUAGUUCAUUAAAGUAAAACGUUCAAAGGAGACACCUUCCUCUCUUUAGGCUUUCCUCCUAGUUUUGAUGAGAUUAACCAAACUGAUAGAAAACUGUCAGACUUGUAGAAACAAACCUGAAUCUUGAGUACUGGCGAACUGAAAAAAAUCAUUUAACUGGGUAGAACCUGUGUGUGUUUUGUUCCCCGGUACUAGCACUGUUUCUAAAUCGAAGUACGUAGUCAAUAGUUGUGGAUGAAUAAAUGAAUUGGAUAAAUUCUGCUCAAGCUAUAUGACUUUUCGUUGUUAAGGUGCUUGCGGAAUGGAGGGGAAAUGCUAGCAAUUCUAUGUACACACAGGCCCGCGGUUUCGGGCCAGUUGAAAUAUACAAGGUUGAGUCCUUGCCUGAAAGUUUACCAAUCCCGGGUAGCCCCAUUCCACGACACCGCCAUACAACGGAACUGAGUUUUCUCCCAGUCCCCCAACUUUACUCUGAGGGGUUAACGAAGGGAUUAACUGACAUUGCAUUUUUAGACAGGCGAAAAGGAAAAAGUUAUUUAGUAAACAAAACUGCGCUCCUUCACAAGUGCUGGUUUCCCAGCGAGGAGGAUCCAUAGUCUGAACUCUACGUCCAAUUUUCCCGCUUCCCACUGUCGCCAAACCAAAGUUAAAAUGAGUCCUCUAGUUCUCUACGCGCGCCUCAAAAUGACCCCUCAGGAGAGAGGUAGGGGUGAUGUCAUCGCUGCGCGACGACAGGAAGUAAGAUCCUGGCCUGUGCAGCUCGGGGUUCCGAGCUUCUGCCUCAGACGUUUCCGCGAUCUCUUCUCCCUUCCAAUCCUAUCCGUGAUGGACGAUGCCCACGAGUCGCCCUCCGACAAAGGUGGAGAGACAGGGGAGUCGGAUGAGACGGCCGCUGCGCCCGGGGACCCGGGGGCUACCGACACGGAUGGAAUCCCAGAGGAAACUGACGGAGACGCAGAUGCGGACUUGAAAGAAGCUGCAGCGGAGGAAGGCGAGCUCAAGAGUCAGGAUGUCUCAGAUUUAACAACAGUUGAAAGGGAAGACUCAUCAUUACUUACUCCUGCAGCCAAAAAACUGAAAAUAGAUACCAAAGAAAAGAAAGAGAAAAAGCAGAAAGUAGAUGAAGAUGAGAUUCAGAAGAUGCAGUGUUCCAGUUCACUCUGCCAGCAUGUAAUCCUGGUUUCUUCUUUUUCUGAGGAGCAGCUGAACCGUUAUGAAAUGUAUCGCCGCUCAGCUUUCCCUAAGGCAGCCAUCAAAAGGCUGAUCCAGUCCAUCACUGGCACCUCUGUGUCUCAGAAUGUUGUUAUUGCUAUGUCUGGUAUUUCCAAGGUUUUCGUCGGGGAGGUGGUAGAAGAAGCACUGGAUGUGUGUGAGAAGUGGGGAGAAAUGCCGCCACUACAACCCAAACAUAUGAGGGAAGCCGUUAGAAGGUUAAAGUCAAAAGGACAGAUCCCUAACUCGAAGCACAAAAAAAUCAUCUUCUUCUAGACCAAAGUCUAGAAAGGCCUAUAUUACUGAUGGAAGAAGUAUUGGUUCCAGACUUCCUAGAAGACUGUCUGCAUUGGUGCUUUAGUAUCUCAGGCCUCCAAGGAUUCCAUGAUGAUUUUAAUGUCUUUCUCAAAACUCUGAUAUUUGUCACACCUAGAAAGUAUGUAGCCUGAUUGAUACUUGCCUUGACUAAAUUUUGGGACCUCUUGGGGCAUUUUGAAUUAUUUAACUGUCUUGACUAGUUGGAAGAAGAUGUGUGGGCCGUAAGCAUCUUCUGGACAGGGAAACUGCUUUCAGAGAGAAAACCUUUCCAAGAGAGUUUUGUUUUGGUUUGGUUUGGUUUGGUUUGAGAUAGGGUCUUGCUCUAUCACCUAGGCUGGAGUGCAGCGGCAUGACUGCAGCCUUGAACUCCUGGGCUUAAGUGACCCUUCCGCCUCAGUCUCCUAAGUAGCUAGGACUACAGGCAUAUGCUACUGUGCCGAGCUAACUUAUUUUUUUUAUGGAGAUAGGGUCUUGCUUUGUUGCCCAGGCUGGUCGUGAACUCCUGGCUUCAAGCAAUCCUCCUGCCUCAGCCUCCUAAAGUGCCGAGGGCUUUAAUGGUUUCACAUUGAAGCCUGAAGUUGCUAAGACUUAGGUUGUUUCUUACAUCUGGUUUUAAGUAGAUGAAACAACCAGAAACUUUGACUUGUGAUACUCUACCAUGAAGGAUGCUGUGAUGGCAAGAAUAGCGGAAUAAUUGGUGCUUGUAAACAUUUCAGAUUCUCCUGUGGAUUUUGGUGAGUGAUCAUUAAACUGUUUUCCAACUUGC